AGAUAACCUGUGAACUGGUUUAAAUGGCCAAAACCACAGAUCCGAGUGAGGAAUUAUUGUAUUUUUAUCUUGUUUACAUGGGGCAUCGGGGUCAAUGUGAAAUAGCAACGGUCACAUAUUAUCUCAGUCCUCACGUGAAAUGGCGACAGUAGGCGAAGUGCCGGUUGAAUCCGACCUGCAGGACAACAAGAAAAAGCGUGAAGUUGAAAAACGACUUCAAAAGAGAAACGAUGAAAGACAAGCGGAGGUUGAAAGACGGCAAGAGGAGAAGUCAUUAACUGAAGCUGCUCAGGAGAGCACUGGCUGCUUCUUAGAUACUUUUUCCAAGGAGAGACAGAAUAUCGAAUCACAACUUUCUAAAAGCGAACAGAUACCGAAGAAUGGACUUGUGGAACAUUUUGACAGUGUGUCGUCGCAACUGUCAAAGUUGCAGAAGUACGUGUCCGAGUCCACAAUGUUUCUCUCCUCGUAUGAAGUCACCAAAGCCCAGCAGACGAUGAGUCAACUGCAUGCGUCUAUCCAGGAAAAGCGAGAUGUCAUGAUUCCAAAGAAAAAGUUUGCUUUCAAGUCAAAGAAGACUGAAAAAGCUAAAGCACCUAAAAUAGUAGUUGACCAUGCAGCUAACACACAGACCAAUCUUGAGGUGGAGUUGGCAGAGUGUAAGUUUGUUGGUGAUGUUUCUAAAGUGCUUGAGAAAACAUCCGAAGAACUAACCCAGAAGGAUGUUGCCCUGGCAGACCUUACUGACUGCACAGUCAAACUGCUGGGCGCACCGUCAGCUAUUCAUAUCAAUAAACUACGCAACUGUAGGGUAUUCAGUGGGCCUGUGUCUGGUUCAGUGUUUAUCAGGGAGUGUGUUGGCUGUACGUUUGUUUUACCAUGUCAGCAACUGAGGAUCCAUACUACUCGAGAUACUGAUUUUUACAUUCAUGUCACCAGUAAAGCUAUCAUUGAGGACAGCAACAAGACUCGGUUUGCCCCUUAUAACUGGAAGUAUCCUGAACUUGAAGAACAUUACCUGGUUGCAGGUCUUGACAGGACAAGGAACAACUGGGAUGACGUUGAUGACUUCAAUUGGUUGGCUGCCAAUGAUCAUUCACCUAACUGGUCAGUGAUAGCUGAAGCAGACCGACAUCAACAUUGGGAUGUUUAGUGCCUUUGUUCAUGCCUGUGUUGUUACAAGUGACAAUAUCCACUCAACUUUCAAUUAUGAUUGAUAUUGACAGUGAUUGACACUAUUACACACUCGUUGCUAUGAUAUAUGCUGUAAUUAACCAACAUUGUUUGUGUUGAAUUUGAUGAACCAAAACAGGUUUUCAGGUCGUUUCAUUUUCUUGGACAUUGACUGAUCGUCAUCCAAAAUGUCCUCAAGAUAUUUUUCAAUUUUGCUAAUGAUAUUGAAGAAUGUCCUGUCAGCGAGUGAAAGAAAUUUAAAAUGUCAAUUGCCAUUUGUCUCCAACAAAAUCACUGAAAAAUAUACAUAUUAUUAUGUUGAUAUCUAAUCUAUCAUGUUUAUCCACCACUUUGCUUCAGAGUGGAAAUUUAGCAGACAAGGAACACUCAUGAUUUGCCAAUGAUAGAUGACGUACAUGGUCAAUAUCAUGAUUAUACUUGCUCUCAUGUUGUAUGCUACGUGAUUUUGUAAGAACUAUUACUUAUAUGGGAGGAGGACAUGCUCCUGUUAUAUGAAAAUAUAUCAUUAACACAAUACCUAUAUUUGCCAUGAAUUAAAUUAUUAUAUACUUUACUCCAGCAUGCAUGAUUUAUCAUGCAAUAAUAAUGUAUUAUGAGCUGGUUGUCUCUUACUGAAUAAAUUGUCUGUCUGUC